UCUCUCGAGUUAGCCGUUGGAGUCUUCGGUGGUUUCUGUGCCGGCUCUAAAUUUGUGGUUGAUCAUCAACGGUUAUCAGGCCAAGGUUAUUGUUUCUCCGCUUCUCUUCCUCCAAUGUUAGCUGCUGCUGCGACCACAGGCCUCGAAUUAUUGAUUAAAGAGCAGGGAUCCAGACAAAGCAAGCUUCGAAAUCUUGCUGUUAUAUUAAGCCGGCGGUUUGCAUCUUCCGGACCAGAUAGUUUGUCAACUUACUGGCAGACUGAUGUGUCAGAGACAGUUUAG